AAGUUAAUCUGAAGGUAUUUCAUUGAAAUACUGUUUAACGUGUUUGAUUGUUUAUGAAGUGAAGUCAUUACUAAAAGAUACAUACAAUUUCGAUAGUGGGGUACUUGCAUUAUAAGGAGGCGAAUCCCUGCUUGAACACAACAAAGUAACCGUGCAAGAUGUGUCCAAUAUGGCCGCUGCACCUGAUCAUAAUCUACCUGCUGGCACUAUGCCCGCUGUGGGUGCUCUGUCAGACCAUCCCCAACCUGACCGCCAGCUUCCUGCCAGCCAGCGUCGAGCUCAACAUGGACUACACUGAAUACGUCAAUGUCACGGUCAAGAGUGAUGGUGCUUUGCUGGCGGGAGACGAGAUGGUUAUAGCAACGGAUCAUGACCACAUAGCAUCAGGGUCGUGGAACUCCACAUACAAGCUGACAGAAGCUGAUGAGAAUAAUAAUGAGUGGACUGGGAGGAUACGAGUCUACGGACGAUUCCUUGGAAGAACAAACAUGUCAGUAUCAGUGAAGCGAGGGUCUGCAGCCCCGACAGUGGCUGCGGAGCGGCUGCCAGUCGUGGUGGUGCGUCCAGAGAGGAUCAUCGACCGGAUCUUCGUCACCAGUGUCGCUUUGUUUGUAUCACUAAUCUUCAUCAACUUCGGUUGCGCCAUGCACUGGCCGACGGUGAAGGAAGUGCUAAAGCGACCCAUAGGACCCGUCAUCGGGAUGUGUGGACAGUUCAUCUUCAUGCCACUUAUGUCAUUCGGCCUGGGUUUCCUGAUCUUCCCCAAUGCGCCGGCAAUGCGCCUUGGCAUGUUCUUCACGGGGGUCUCCCCCGGUGGCGGCGCCUCCAAUAUAUGGACCUUUAUUCUCGGAGGGAACCUCAAUUUAUCACUCGCUAUGACCUCCAUCUCUACGCUGGCUUGCUUUGGUAUCAUGCCAGCAUGGUUAUUCUCUCUCGGACAAGUGGUGUUCGCGAACGCAAACAUCGUCGUCCCGUACGCCCGUAUCGCGUCGUUCGUGGUGGGCCUCAUAGUACCCAUGGCCAUAGGCCUGGCAAUGCAAAGAUGGACGCCUAAAAUAGCAGCAUUUAUGGUUAGGAUCCUGAAAGGAUUCUCAACUACGAUACUCCUCUUCAUCAUUAUAUUCGCCAUCAUAACGAAUUUGUAUAUCUUCGAGUUAUUCACUUGGGAGAUAAUAGUAGCAGGCAUGGGCCUCCCCUGGCUGGGGUAUUCCGUCGGCUACCUCCUAGCGCGCAUAUGCAAGCAACCGCACGCGGACGCGCUUGCCAUCUCCAUAGAGACCGGCAUUCAGAACACCGGCAUCUCCAUCUUCCUGCUGCGAUAUGCGCUGCCGCAGCCCGAGGCUGAUCUUACCACUGUGAUCCCAGUGUCAGUGGCGAUCAUGACACCGAUCCCAAUGACGUGCAUCUACGUCUACCAGAAGAUCAAGGCUUGCAUCGUCGACAGGAACAAACACAAGAAGUUCGUUGAAGAAGGUCCCGAGUCCGUACCCGGGUCGCGAGAGUCCCCAAGCAUCGCAACCAUUGAUGUCGGACUCACUGGAAAGGAAGGGCAAUAGGCUGGCCCACUUCGCGCACAAUGUUUAAAUAAAUAGUUUUGUAGCGUCCCCCUCCAGCGAAUGUAAGUUACCUACCUCCUUUCGGAAGUUUGGACUAAAUAAAUAAAUAAUAUAGCUCUGACUAGUGUUCAAAUGAUAUCGCUUUAAAUAAAAACAACUAUAAUAAAUAACAGAUGUACCUAAUAGCAAAAAUUAAGGUAGCAAAUACCUAUAGUUAUGUGAAAAAAUGACGAUUACAAAAGUUAGACAAUUUCGUGUAAAGUAAGAAAUAUGAAAAAAAUACAGCCUUUUUGAAGUCUUUUGAAAAGCAGAAAAGAGAGCCCAAAACUAUGUUCAAUUAUAGCGUACAAUAAUACUAUUAGGUACCAACAUAAAAAGUAAGCGCGUAAAGGUAUUUUUACAGGGAUGCUACAAAAGUAUUUAUUUUUAAGUAGGUGUUUCUCUUUAGUGGUGUUGUUCUACUUAACUGUUGUCUCGACGACUCAAUGUAUCUUAGUAUUAUAAUAUAUUAUUAUUAUGAAAGGAAGUUUCAACAAUUGUAACAAUUUUUCGAACAUUGUAUUUGUGAACGCGUUUUCGCUAUUUAUCAAAAUGAAAUGUAGAAAUCAGUGCGUUCAUUAUUUCGACUUUAUUUACACUUUAGUUUUAGAAGUAUUUUCUGGGUAGAAGUCACAAAAAAUAAUAAUGUUUUAAACAGGUCGACCUUUUUGAUAAGACUUUUUACAACAUUACAAAACUUUUUUUCGUAAGUAUUUUUAAAAGUUGUACCUACCCCAAAAAGCGACAUAUUUUCAGAGACCUGUAUUUUUAACGAGAACAAAUUAAGAAAUUGUCGAAAUAAUGUUCACUAGAUUUAUUGUGGCAUGGGCCUUCAUAUGUUUUGGCGCCAUAUCUCUAAUUUUUUUUUAAUGAGAGCUGCAUGUUCGCUGUUCAAGGCAUUCCUAUUUUUGUCACUUUGAUGACAUAAAAAUGUUCACCUAUAAAAUCUUCUACUGCCACACAUUAUACAAUGUUUAUGUUUAAGCUCUAUGAUACAAUUUAAUGUUAAAACAAAACACUGUUCAUUAAAGCUCUUCAAUGUUAAAGACAAGCAUGCCUUUCCAUAAUUAUGGAAAACUUAAGUUUUUAAAUUUUGAUUACGUUUUUCGUUAUUAUUAUUUACAAAAAAUACUAACUAUUAUAUAAGAAAUAAUCGUACUCAGUGAAUUGAUAAUUUGAUAAAAUAUUGUUCCUAUGUUAUUUUUUUUUAUUGUAUUUUUUUCGCCUGGACUAAAGCAACCAGCCUAGGCCAAAAACAACGAAUAAUAAUGAAACAAGAUUUGCAAAAAAAUGUCAAUCAUUGACUACGAUUACUUUUUAAACUUUGUUUAUUACUUUUUACACUGCGAAAUUUACUAUUAUGUUGACUAAUUUAUUAUGUUAUGUUUAUUGUUACUCUUUAAUUAGAGCUGCGAAAUUGCGUGCUUGUCUUAAAAUAGACCUAAGCGCAAAAAAAUUAUUGUGUUUGUCAAUAUUUUGAGUAGAGCUAGCCGUUUAUUAGGAUUAGGGUUGGUUUAAAAAGGUGCUUUCGCAAUGUUUUUAUAGUUUAGAAUGUUCUUUAACAAAUGUUUUUUUUGUAAGUACGUUUAGUUAUUUCGAUUCCACAUAACAUUGACAUUUAUUAAAUGUCUGGAUUCCACACUAUAGUAACUAAUUACGCUGUGAGUGUGACACUUCUUGGGGAUAGUAGUAUUUAUGUAAGUACAGCCAAAAGAAAAAAGUAUACGGUACGUCGCGUCGGUACAUCACCGGAGUAUUAUUCCUUAAUCUAUGACAUUUUCCUAAAAACUUGUUUUCAAAUUUUGAGGACAUUCUAAGCUAUAUUGUUUUUACAUAAUUCGCUUAUUUAUUAUAAAUAUUAUAUCAUUUUUCGUACCGGGGAUCUCAGUUGAACAAUGUUGUAACAGCUCACAUGACUGGUUUUAUAGGUGGAACAGAUGUAGGCUGCUAUUGUUGAGAUCAGUAUUUUAAGUUAUUUCUAAUAACUGUGGAAGAUCAAUUUAUUUGUUAAGGAUGAAAGUAUGAAAUACACACUUUUCAAUUAA